AUGUCUCCUCCAUCCAACAGACGGAUCACAAAAGAACUUGAGCACAUCAUCGAGGAUAUAAUGAAACAAAGAGCUGAAAUCGAGAAAUACAGACAAUGGGUCCGCGAGACACCAGUCAAGCCUCGUUCCGAGAGUGACCUAGAAGGACUGACGUCGUUUUUCGGCAUGUUGCGCAACGCGAUAGAAGACCAAAUUAUGGGCAGAAUUGUGAAAUAUGAGAAGCAUCUCGAUGCAAAAGACGGGUAUAUCAACUUACUGAUCGAGAACGGCGCGUCACGUGUUGCAGCCGAAUGGCGAUACCGGCUCGACGGGAGACUUAAUCAGGUAUAUGGUGCUGUUCAACAAUGCCAUGGAGAGAUGGAAAACGUGCUAGGAGUGAAGGAACAUCGUGGAAAGGAGAGACAUUCACCUGACACCAAGUCCCGCACGCAACAGAAGGACAAGAAGACCAAGAUCAAAAAAAUCAUUCAAAUCAACCUCAAGGAGAGACUACCGGCGAACAUACUACACCCGAAAGAGGCAGCAGCACUACCCAUACGACCACGGCUCGGGAAGAAGCAAACGAGGAUCGUGCUGAUUCCGGAUAUCAAGGCUAUUCAGCAGAUUCAACCGAGGCGCGAGCGUCUAGUACCACGGACCGGGCAUCUAAUACUUCGGCCAGAGCAUCGAGCACUCGAGCCACAAGAUCUACUACACCAGCAACUAGCGACAAUUCAUCUUCGAGAAGAUCAUCCAACAGAUUCAGAGACCACGACACUGACAGAACUAGACCGCGACAGAGGCACUACAACAUGCCCACAACAGACGAGAAGAGAAAAGCACGAGCCAGGCACGAAGCACUGUCGAGUGACCGCUACUCCGAGAGAGCAAGCGAAGGACUGA